AUGAUUGCAUCAAACUGGUACUCAGUGUGGUAUGGGUCCUUUCCAUCAAUAUUGACAAAACAUUUCUGCAGGUUCAAGUUCAAAAGCUACCAGUGUUCUUUGGCUUUCAUAUUUGCAAUUGAGGAGAUCAACAGGAACCCUCAUCUCUUACCCAACACAUCUCUAGGAUUUGAUUUCUACAAUGUCCAAAGAAGUGAAUGGGAUUUUCUCAGGGAAGCUUUUCUUUGGCUCACAGGAAUGGGAAUCAACAUUCCCAACUACACAUGUAGAAGGGAAAACAAGGCUGUUGCUCUACUUACAGGAGUGUCAUGGGCAACAUCUGCACGUAUUGGAAGACUGCUGAAUCUCUACAAAUAUCCACAGCUUAGUUUUGGACCAUUUGACAGUUUCCUGAGUGACAGAAGCCAGUUUUCUUCUCUCUACCAGACUGCUCCGAGGGACACAUCUCUUUUCUUUGGUAUUGUCUCUUUGAUGAUUCAUUUCAGCUGGUCCUGGGUGGGGUUGAUCCUCAUAGAUAACCACAAAGGUAUUCAGAUCCUAUCAGACUUUAGAGAAGAGUUUCAGAGGAAUAAAAUAUGUGUAGCAUUCAUAAAAAUGAUGUCAGAAAAUAUGAUUUACUCAGACUAUGUAGAUGAAGCCACUCUUCGGCUGAUCCUGAUGUCAUCUGCAAAUGUGGUUAUCUUUUAUGAUGAUACUGAAAGUGCUCAUGGCAUAUUGCUACAUCCAAUGUAUUUGUUAAAAACAUGGAAAGUCUGGGUCAUGAAUUCACAAAUGGAUAUUGGUAGCAUUGUAGAUCCUUUUGUGUUUGAUUCAUUUCAUGGAACCAUCUAUUUUGUUCACCAUCAUGAUGAGAUCUCUGAUUUUAGAAAGUUUAUGCAGACAUACACCCCUUCUAAAUACCCAGAAGAUCAUUAUCUUGCACGUUUCUGGAAUUUAUACUUCAACUGCUCUUUUUCUCUACCUGAUUGUAAAAUAUCAGAUAACUGCCUACCCAAUGCUUCCUUGGAAUUGUUACCUUCAAAUAUGUGGAACAUGGACAUGACUGAAGAGGCUUACAAUAUGUAUAAUUCUGUGUAUGCUGUGGCUCACAGUCUCCAUGAGAUGACUCUCAAACAGAUACAAAUUAAAACUCAUGGAAAUGGGGUAGGGAAUCCCAACCCUCUGGAGCUUCACUCUUUUCUCAAGCAAAUUCAUUUCAAAAAUGGUGCUGGACACCAUGUGGUUUUGGAUUCACAAAUGAAAUUAGAUGAAGAAUAUGAUAUUUUCAAUGUCUGGAAUUUUCCACCUGGUUUCAGACAAAAUAUCAAAGUUGGAACAUUUUCUCUAAAAGCUCCACAGGGUCAACAACUGUUUUUGUCUGAUCAUAUGAUACAGUGGGACACUGGAUUUACAGAGCUUCCCAGCUCUGUGUGUAGUGAGAGCUGUGUUCCUGGAUUCAGAAAAUCAACCCAGGAGGGGCAGGCCAUGUGUUGCUAUGAUUGUAUUCCUUGUCCAUUAAAUGAGAUUUCCAACAAGACAGAUAUGGAUAACUGUGUGAAGUGUCCAGAAAGUCACUAUGCAAAUGCACAGCAGACCCACUGCUUUGAGAAAGCUGUGACUUUCUUGUCCUAUGAAGAUCCCUUGGGGAUGGCACUCUCCUGCAUGUCCCUGGGGUGCUCUGUCCUCACAUUGGGUGUUUUUAGUGUCUUUGUGAAGCACCACCACACUCCCAUUGUCAAAGCCAACAAUCAGGCUCUCACUUACAUCCUGCUCAUGACUCUGACUUUCUGUUUUCUCUGUCCCUUGCUCUUCAUUGGCCAUCCUAACACAGUCACCUGUAUCCUUCAGCAGAGCACAUUUGCAGUUUUGUUCAUGGUGGCUCUCUCCACAGUCUUGGCCAAAACUCUUACUGUGGUUCUGGCCUUCAAGUCCACAGUUACAGGGAGAAUGGUCAGCUGGAUAAUGAAAUCAAGGGCUCCUAACUACAUCAUUCCCAUCUGUUCUCUUAUCCUACUUGUGCUCUGUGGAAUUUGGCUGAGCACCUCUCCUCCAUUUACUGAUUCAGAUGCUUACACUGAACAUGGCCACAUCAUUAUCAUAUGCAAUAAGGGCUCCACUAUUGCCUUCCACUCUGUCCUGGGAUACCUCUGCUCCAUGGCACUUGGGAACUACAUUUUGGCUUACCUGUCCAGAAACCUGCCUGACACAUUCAAUGAAGCCAAGUUGAUGACUUUCAGUAUGUUGGUUUUCUUCAGUGUGUGGGUCACCUUCCUUCCUGUCUACCACAGCACCAAGGGCAAGGUCAUGUUGGCCAUGGAAGUCUUUGCUAUCUUGGCUUCCAGUGCAGGUCUCCUGGGCUUCAUCUUUGCCCCCAAGUGCUACAUACUUUUGUUAAGACCAGAAAGGAACUCACUGCAUUUCAUGAAGAGCAAAACACAUUCCAUAAGAAACAUCAAUGUCCACCUUCUGACCCAUAUCCCAUGA